AUGGCUGCUCGACUUCCUCUCGCGCGCCUUUCCGCCCAGCGGUUGACGACUUUGUCCCGGGCCAUUCGGGCCCCCAGUCGGCUCCGUGGUAUUCAGGGCCUUUCCACACUGACCCGUUCUAAUAUCUCGUCCAAUACCUCUGGCUUGCUCCAGGUCUCAUCAGGCAUCAAUGUUUCGCGCAACAUCGCGCCUUUCGUCGGCUCCCAGAUUCGCACCUACGCCGACAAGGUGAUCCAGGUUCCACAGAUGGCUGAAUCGAUCACAGAGGGUACUCUGAAGCAAUUCUCUAAACAGGUUGGCGACUUUGUUGAGCGCGAUGAAGAGAUUGCCACCAUUGAGACCGAUAAGAUUGAUGUUUCGGUCAAUGCCCCGGAAUCCGGUACUAUCAAAGAGCUUCUCGUGAAUGAGGAAGAUACCGUUACCGUUGGACAAGAUCUCCUCGUAAUUGAGCUUGGGGAGGCCCCCGAGGGUGGCAAGAAGGAGGCUGCUCCCGAGCCCAAGGAGAAGGAGACUUCUUCUGAGAAGCCCAAGGAGACCGCUCCUGAGCCUGAGAAGCCUAAGCCAACCCAGGCCUCGAAGCCUGCUGCUCCCGAAAAGCCCAAGGAGGCCCCCGCACCUGAGGCGAAGCCCGCUCAGGGUAACCGUGAGGAGCGUCGGGUAAAAAUGAACCGCAUGCGCCUGCGUAUUGCGGAGCGCCUGAAGCAGUCUCAGAACACUGCUGCUUCUCUCACCACCUUUAACGAAGUUGACAUGUCCUCGUUGAUGGAGUUCCGCAAGCUUUACAAAGAUGAUGUGCUCAAGAAGACUGGAGUGAAGCUGGGUUUCAUGAGCGCCUUCUCGCGCGCAUGUGUUCUGGCCAUGCGGGAUAUCCCUGCCGUCAAUGCCUCCAUUGAGGGCCCCAAUGGUGGUGACACCAUCGUUUACCGUGACUACGUCGACAUUAGCGUUGCUGUUGCCACCCCCAAGGGUCUAGUCACACCAGUUGUCCGCAAUACCGAGGACAUGGACCUAGUCACCAUUGAGAAAUCUAUUGCUGAGCUCGGCAAAAAGGCUCGCGACAACAAGCUGACCAUUGAGGAUAUGGCCGGUGGUACUUUCACCAUCAGCAACGGUGGUGUUUUCGGUUCUUUGAUGGGCACUCCCAUCAUCAACUUGCCUCAGACGGCGGUGUUGGGUCUCCAUGCGAUCAAGGACAAGCCGGUCGUGGUGAAUGGCAAGAUUGAAAUUCGCCCUAUGAUGUAUUUGGCUCUCACUUAUGACCACCGUCUCCUGGAUGGUCGCGAGGCUGUCACUUUCCUUGUUAAGGUCAAGGAGUAUAUCGAGGACCCCCGUCGCAUGCUGCUCGGUUAA